AUGUUUACCAAAAUUAUUUUCUUUUUGCUUUUAAUAGUAUUUGUUAGUGGCGAUUCUAUUAUCCUUUACAAAAAUUCUGAUGGGAAUCAGUUUGGUCGUUGCAUUACAGGAUCAAAGAAUGGUGAAGAAAUAGUAGAGAUUGAAACAAAAAACAAUUCUUUUUUCCAAUGUACUCUGGUGGCAAGCUCAAACACUAACGAAUCAAUCGAGUGUGAACAAAUCAGUGCACCAGCUGGUGGAUCGCAGGAACAAUGUAAAAAUCUAAAGAGUGUAUGUGGCAACACCUAUUAUGGUCAAUGGAAUCAAGAUUCAAUUUGUUCAACUUUAUCUGCCUCUGUAAAAGUAAACGCCUAA